AUGGGUAAGACGAUUCAGGUGUAUGGAUUUCCUAGUCUUGUGCCUGCAGCAAGAGUUAAGAAAUUUAUAGAGGAUCGUACAGGCAAAGGAACUGUGUAUGCUUUAGAGGUGAGGGUUGCCAAAAAAAAGGCCAGAGCAUAUGCUAAAGUACAAUUUACCAAUAACAAAAGCGCUAAUUACAUCAUCUCAUUGGCAAAUCAAGGCCUCUGGUAUGAGUCUUCUUAUUUGAAAGCUUGGAAAACGGGCCAUGACAUCAUACCAAAGCCACGGACCUAUGUGCAUUGCAUGGAACAGGUUACCCUACUUUUUGGGUGUCAGACCUCAAGGGAGAAUUUUUCAGUUCUUUGGAAAAAGGCAAAUGUGUUUGUAAAACUUGGGAUUGGACUGAAAAAAAUGUACUUCUUCCUAUCCCAUCUUGAUGUUGGUUAUAAGCUUGAGCUAUCCUACGAAAACAUCUGGCAAGUUGAGCUACAUUGUUCACGUGAUCAAACUGCAAAGUUUCUCCUCAUUCAGGUUUGUUCCAUUAAUUUUCACCAAUAUGGCCAUAUAGGAAGCUCCACUCCCUCAAAAGUCUGUUAA